AUGUCUUUGUUCACCGUUCAACCAAACGCUGUCAUGACCUCUGAAGAAACUGCACCACCGCCGCCUCCGUUCAUAUCUCCGUUCGAAGAAUGCAACGCUACCGUAAACGAGUGGGGAGUUUGGCCGGCCGAAUUCGUCGCUGACCCGGCUCACUACCAAACUUUCACUUGUGCUACCUCGGCUGCCGAAAUCGAGUCGAGAGUUCGCUGUGGCGAAUCGCCGGUUAAUCGUAACUGCACCGCGCUUGUCCCCGACAGCAAGUGUGUUUUUAAGUGGGCCUUCGCCACCACCACCGCCGCUACCGCUUGCUCCUGCUCAUGCUGUCUUCUCGGAGCCGAACAAUGUGAAAUGAAUGAUCGGAUGUUUUAUUAUGUCUGCCACGCCUUCUGGAAGAAAAACGUUCCUCUUCCUCCAUGCCUUCCGGAAUGUCAAUUUCAAUCGGGUCCAGUUUCAUCGACGGCUCCGGGUCUUAUCUUCUCGGAUACCAACAACACCAGCAGCAUGAUCAUGGAUACUGCGAGACCUCGGAUGAUGCCUCCGUGCAGUGUUUUGUCAAACGCUCCGUCGUCGUCUAAGAAGGAUUUCUGUAAUUACAACUACCACCAUCAUCAUCAUAAUCAUCAAUACUCUACAUCACCAAUCAAUCAGCCAACUUUUGAUCAUGCCUCGCCAUCCCUUUUCACAUCCGAACAUUCCGAAUACUCUCCAGCAGGUAUCUACUCUCCGAACUCUGCAACAUCAUCCCUCCCAUCAACAUCUCCAUUUCCAUCAUCAACUUCUCCAUACACCAUCGAAGAACUCCAUUCUGAGAUUCCAUUCCUUGACUCUCUCAUCGCUGAAGUCCGUCAGGAAAUGGUUAUCGAGGAAGUCGCAGUGCCGUCACCAUCUACCUCUUCUGAUAUUUCUUCGGUUAGCAGGAAGUCUUCUUCUUCAACUUCUUCAUCUGUUCGUGAUGUUUUCGUUACCCCUGGGCAAACUCUUGUUAUCCGUGGGGACGAUGGUCAAGAAUACAAGGUUAUCGUCGAACGAGUUGAAGGAUCCGAAGCUUCUUCCGCUCCGGUUGCUGCCAAGAGGAAGUCAUCAGAUGAUAGUCUAAUUGCUCCAAAACGACCGCGGGCUGCUCCAGUUUCCCUUGUGAACUUGUCGGAUGAUGAGAUCGCUGAACGAAAGAAACAACAAAAUCGUGCAGCUGCUCUCCGAUACCGUCAAAAGCUCCGAGAGAACCGUGUUCUUUCUGUCAGUGCCAAGGAAACUCUCAGUCAGCGAAAUGCCUAUCUUCGUGAUGAAGCCGAACGCCUGACAAAGGAGUGCGAAGUUAUCCGCCGACUUAUUUUCGAUAAACUUGGCAAGAACGCUCCUGCUUUUUAG